AUGGAAGCUGUCUGCGAAGACGAGCAUUUCCUCACGACCACUCACCUCGUGACAUGGGUCAAGUUUAACAACCCUCAAUGGCUUGAUGAGUACACUUCGUCGAAGCCGUCGGACGACAGAGCAUACAAGAGCCUGAUUCAGUGGUGCUUGAACUUUGCAAACCGACAUGAUUUCAGGCAGUGUGUCCCCUACGCGUUGAAAGCUUCCCAAGGCGAAUUGUCUGCAAUUCAAGACGCUUUAUCGACCAAACUAUAUGUGAAGUUCAGGCACAUACCAAAGCGCGCUUGGAUGAAGUUCGACGAGACCCCAAUGUACUUCGACAUGUUCCUGAACCUCAAGUGUGACGUGUCAAAGAAAUCAUGCAAGAUCCUUGAAGAUGAGCUGUUCUGCGGAGCUAACCUGCAGCCAUUGCCUGCUAACACAACAAGCGUCUUGCAUCCCCUCGACGUUGGUGUCAUGAGCCCGUUCAAGUGA